AUGGAGCCCAAGAUGAACGCCGGGCUGUUAGCACUGGCCUGCUCUGGCUCUUUCCACGAUCUGGAAUCAUUCCUCGACGGGAAACCAGCCGCCUACACCAUGGGAAGCUCGGCCAUGCAGCCACCUGAUCUGUACGCGGUUACCGUUGGAGGUAACACUCUUCUCCAUGUGGUCGCCGCUAGCCAUGGUGACUCCGAGGACUUGCUGAACAAAGCCAAUCUCGUCUUUAGCAAGGCACACAGCCUCCUCUUCGUGCAAAACAAUGAGGGAGAUACGCCCUUGCAUUGUGCUGCACGGAUGGGGAAUAUCCCAAUGAUGUCUCGUUUCAUUGAUCUUGCCAAUGGUCAGGGCAUUAACAAUGGUAAAGGGCUGUUGGAGACACAAAACAAGCUCAAAGAGACAGCCUUGCACGAGGCCGUCCGCUUUGGGAGCAAUGGUAUGGUCAACUUGCUCAUGACCCAUGAUCCAGAGUUGGCCACUCUUCCUGAAGAAGGUACUUCGCCGAUGUACCUCGCCAUCAUACGGGAAAAUAAAAUCAUUGCAAAAACACUCUACGAGUUGAGCGGUGGGGUUCUUUCAUAUUCUGGACCAAAUGGACGAAAUGUGUUGCAUGUUGCUGUUCAGCGGAGCCAAGUUGACAGAAGGAAAAGAGGGAUUGUCGACUAUGCCUGUCGAAAGAUAUGGCUGUCAUGGAUUUUGAAUAUACAAGACAAAGAUGGGAAUACUGCACUCCACAUAGCUGAAAAUGAAGCAGAAAUACUCAGGGUACUCAACUAUAUCGGUGCUAAAAGGGGUAUUUAUCACCAGGGUUUCUUGAAUGAAUAUGAUACUGACCAAGCAACACAGGAUGAAAUACAUUUCUUGAAUCAAAUGAAAGAGGGGACACAAAGUCGAUGUAUUUGCUCCGUCCUAAUUGCAACCGUGACGUUUGGUGCAAUGUUCACCAUGCCUGGAGGUUACAGAGAUGAGGAUCACAAUCAUGCAGGGUCACCAAUUCUUGCUGGAACGCUUGAUUUUGAUACAUUCUUCAUGGCCAACACACUUGCUUUUGCUUUCUCAAUCACAGCUACAUUUUUUCUCAUGUUUUCUGGAGAUCCCACACUACCCCUUGGGAUCCGGAAAGUGCUAUUUCGAAGGUCCAUCCCCUUCAUAGUGAUUUCAGUGUUCAGCAUGAUGAUUGCCUUUGCAAUUGCUGCAGUUAUCAUGUUAGCUCCAGUUGCUCCUAUGUCUGCAUGUGCAGUUUUACUCAGCUUUAUUCUC